CAUUGAACAACAUGUCGGUUCCGCUGGUAAAUAAUUUUGAAGUCCCUUCAUGGGCAGGGAAACCUCCUCCAGGUCUUCACUUAGAUGUUCUAAAAGAUGGGAAAAUGAUACAGAAAUUGAUGAUAGAUGAGAAAAAAUGUUACUUCUUUGGUCGCAAUAAACAGCUUUGUGAUUUCACCAUUGACCACUCAUCAUGUUCACGCGUCCAUUCAGCACUGGUCUGGCAUCGUCAUUUGUCUCGGCCAUUUCUAAUAGACCUAGGCAGCACUCAUGGAACAUACGUAGGCCACAUAAGACUGGAGUCAAAGAAACCUCAACAUAUUCCCAUUGAUAGUGAGAUUCAUUUUGGUGCAUCGACAAGAAUGUAUGUGAUAAGGGAACGACCACAGAUGGGGAUGGGAGGUUUGGAUGAGAAGGAUGGAAAACGGGAUGACUCCGAAGGAAAUCUUCUAGGUCUGCCAGAGUCAGAAACAGAAUUAGAUAACUUAACAGAAUUUAACACAGCCCACAACAGGCGAGUGAUUUCAGUUGCUGAUAUGCCAGAUGUUCCCAACCCACUGAAGCGUAAACACAAAACUGUUCAUGUCAACUUUGCUGAUGAGGAAGAAAUCAUCAACCCAGAAGACAUUGAUCCAUCCAUUGGCCGGUUUAGAAAUUUAGUGCAAACUACAGUCAUACCUACAAAGAGAGGAAAGAUGGACCUGAGCGCCAUCAACUCCGGCUCUCACCUCCACACAAACAAGCACCAGCACACCACACACGGCCUGUACGGGGACCUGCCCUCUGUCGGCUCGGGCUCCAUGUUGGCCAACCCUCUCAGCAUCGCGGCCAAGCUUGGGCUCCCUGUUCCUAACCUGGCGCCUGAUGUGGACUUUGAGAGCCACGCCCCCGCCCCCAUUCAGCCUCCCACUAUUCCAUUACCUGGUGUGGAGGAGCAAGGACCCAAAGAGCCCAAGAAGAAGAAGUACGCCAAGGAGGCGUGGCCUGGGAAGAAGCCCACCCACAAUUUAUUGGUGUGAAUUUAUCUGUUUAUUUCUUGCAUUUCAUUUCAUUCAAAAAAAGCAUGUUGCAUUGUAACGUUAUUGUUUAUAAAUGAAUGUAUGAAAGUUUACAAAAGAGUUGACAAUGUAUUUAAGAUGUUAUUACCAUUUAUAUUUUUAAAAAUAAUUUAAAUAUUAUUUACUUGUCAAGUUUAAUACAAGGACUGUAAUUCACCACAAUAAUUUAUAACAGUUGGGUUGUCUUUUCCUGCGCCAUCAAAUGUUCCAACAGUUUACCUCCCCUGCUGUUCCACUUAUUAGUUACAUUUGAAUUAAAUGAGCAUGUUUUAGGUCUAUUGUAAUGGUACCAAAUUGUCUCUUCCAUACAAGCACUUGACUUCAUCCAGGGUCAUAGCCUAGGGUUAGAUAGAUCUAUAAAUCACGUCUUUGUAAAUAUUGUAUAUUUAAAAUGAAUCAUAGAAUGUCAUGCCACUUGCGUCAUGUGUCAUUAUGUCACUAAUACUAAGCGCCUGGAUACAUACAGAUGUAUUUUUGGUUUUUGUUUUCAUCAUUGAGUUGUUUUUUGAAUGAGAGUUAAAGUUUGUUGUAAAUUAAGUGAACAAUCUUGAAAUGUUUGUAACUUAAAGAGUUGAUUGAAGCUGUCUCCUUAAUAAAGGUUCAAAGGUUCAUAGC